AAGCACUAAUAAGCGUCGUCACGUCCUCAUAGUCACGCUUCCAGCUGGUACACUGCUCAUUACGUGAACACGACUCUUGCAUACUUCCAUCGCUCACCUCCUGGCUGCACGACAACAGCUCCUCCUUUGCACUACUACUGUCAGAGAGUCUUACCCGAGAAUUCCUUGUACAGAUGGAGGGCAAGCAACUCGCUAAACAUCCUUACAAUCGCAGUAACUUGCUAUUUCUCAAGUGGGAGGACCCUUGUGGGCUGUGGCUACAAAACUUCGGCUUUAAUAACUACGCACGCGAUUGCUCGUUGAGGUAUUUCAACAGCACCCUCGUCGACGAGUGCAAAGCAAGUCGCUUCUUCCGUCCUUGUCGCUACGCAACCUUUCGCAGUUCCUGUCCCAUUUCUAUGUACAAGCGACUUUACAGAAUGGUUCGUGCAGGCCUCCACGUUCCUUAUCUCGCCUUGAAGAAUGAUGAGCUCAAGGCUCGUCUCCAAAUGCGAGACAUCCCUUUACCUCGCUCUCGUACCAAACCCAACCUCGUCCAGGCCUUGCUCGAUGCUGACGAGGUCAUCACCUUAAACUUCCUUGACCUGCCUCCCGAGGUUCGCACCAUGAUCUACGAGUUUGCUCUCACCCACGACAUGAAGCACCGUGGUAGACCGCUCAUGUAUGAUGGUCGCCACUCAAUCAAGCCAGCCUUGUUGCAGACAUGUCGCCUUAUUCGUCAAGAGGGCUCGGAAGUGUUCUACAAGUCCAAUCGGUUCCAAAUCGAACGUGAUGAUUCCCAUCGCUGGAAUUGUGGUUCCGAGAGGCACAAGUGGGUCAGUGAGAGCUACCUCAGGUUCUUUGUCAACCAUGUCGGUGCUGGGAACAUGCGCGCGUGGGGUAUCCGGCCCAUGCACCCGAAAGAACAGAGAUUCAAGGCGUUCAGAGGCUAUAUCAAGGCUCGUGUCAGGGAGUUCAGGAGCAGAACAUCCAUCUCACCUUGCGCCUACGCUGGCUAUGAGGAUGGCUGGGUAGAUCUCACCGACAAAGACCACGAACUGAGUGGAGUCCAAUGGCUCCAGCUUGCGUGUAGGAACAUACAUCAGCUCCUCUAAGACGACAACAUGAGUCCUUACACUAAUUGGAGCAGAGCUGAAUUCGCCGCGAGCCUUCAGCAGCGCAGUCUUCCGUUCCCAAAGCUUUGCAACAGAAAGUCUUACAUCGCCAUCCUGCGCAACGCUGAUUCUGAGUGGCAGUUCCGUUUGUUUGAUUUGCCUAAGGAGAUUCGUCUGCAUAUCUACGAGGCCGCUCUACUUGUGGACAU